AUGACGGCAGUUAGAGUGAUAUCAGCUAAGAUGAGGGCAGUCAGGGUGAUGACAGCUAAGAUGAAGGCAGUCUGGGUGAAAGGAGCCAAGAUCAGGGCAGUCAGGAUGAAGGUAGCCAAGAUUAAUGCAGCCAGGGUGAAGGCAGCCAAAAUUUAUGUAGCCAGGGUGAAGGCAGCCAAGAUUAAUUCAACCAGGCCUGACCCGACCGGGAUGAACGAGACAGUGCUUCCCCACCUGCAAACUCUUAUCAUGAACAACAAUCCAAUGGGUAACCUGCCUGGAAAGCUCUUCAUGCCUCUAAGGAAAAGCAAUGUUACAAACCUCUUCCUUAGGAACUGCUCUCUGGGACAGUUCUACGGGUCGCCUCUUGAGCACCUGAAGGGGCUGGAGGUACUGGACCUGAGCAGUAAUAUGGGUCUGUCGCCAGCUGAGUUGGAAACGCUGCUGCAGCCCCUAGCAGGCGGAUAUCUACGGGAACUUUACCUCAGCAACAGCAACUACGCCAGCGUGCCCACCGCGGCCCUCGCACUGGUGAACGAGAGUCUAGAGCUGCUGGACUUACACGGGUCCACUUUCGAGUGUCUUGACAACACAUCUUUCCCCAUCAUGGCCAACUUGAAAAGGCUAAAUCUUAUGUACAGUAGGAUCAACACUAUCCGGUACAAUACCUUCCAAGGGUUUCCUGCGCUUCAGGAACUUAACUUGGACGGUAACGGACUGGUGACGGUACCCAUCGAUGCCUUUCUGCCUAGUCUUCAGGUCCUGACCUUGAGUGAGAACCCUAGAUCUGUGGGCAACGGCUGGCCAGCCUCCUUCAACUUGGACGGCGUCAGCUUCGCUAAUAUGGAAAAUCUUAAGAACUUAAGUUUUGAUGGGGUACCUCUUGGAAAGGUUAAGGUUCCAUACUUCCAAGACCUGCAUAACCUCCACUUCCUCUGCCUCUCAAACUGCCAGAUUUCGCACAUCGAGCCUUUCAGCUUCAGAAAUUUGUCAACGUUGGAGAGGCUCUACUUGAGGGGAAACACUAUACAGAUCCUGUACAACAAUACAUUUGCAGGUCUCACUAACCUUAAACACCUUGACCUCUCAGACAACAGCAUCAUCUUUCAAACAAGCAGAGACAUCACCAGACUUAUCCGUGUCCCCUUGAGAUCAAUCUCUGUGCCCUACCACGAAAGCUUCAUACUACGUGGGCGACAGCGUAACUUAGCCUCUCCUAUUAUCAAAUGGACCCAAGAAAAUUCUCAUCUGAAGCAUCGAACAAAUGUGUUUGGUAACCCGCAUGAAACUGGACCUCUAGCGUCGUGGUUGGCGAGUAUUAAGGUUGGUGGCCACCAUAACAGUGGCAAGGAAAACGUUCUGACACCAGAGAAGGAAGUGAUGAAAUUAGAGGGGUUAUUAAGACUAGAGAAUAUAUACAAUGCACAGCUGAACACUUUUCUUCCAUUUCAAGGACUUAAAGGGUUAAAGUAUCUCGAUCUGUCAAAAAAUGAAAUUCGAAAUAUAUUUCCGGAGCUUUGGGAGGAUCUAAACCAGCUUAAUUACUUGGCUUUGGGAUCCAACAAUAUUGAGGACUGGAGUAUACCGACUUUCUCUAACGUUACAAAUUUAAUGGUUCUCUCGCUGACUAGUAACUCCCUCAAGAUUCUUACAGAAGCAAUGAUGCUGGACUUCAGUAAAAAAAGUCUGCUUAGUGUGGACCUCCGUUUCAACGAGUUCGAGUGUGAGUGUUACAUACAAAAUUUUAACGGCACUCUAAAUACUACACACUUCGUACAAUGGUCCAAAUAUUAUUGUAAUAAAGAUGGGAAUAUUCUCACUUUCACUGAAUACAUCAACACAGCCUCCUGCAUGGAAAAGCCUCAAAUCUUGCCCACCGAUCAUCCUGAUUACGCCCUCAAAAUUAUCAUCUUCUGCAUCGCCAGCGCAUUGUUCAUUGUCAUCAUGCUAAUGACUGUAUACAAGAACAGGUGGUAUAUGAGAUAUGUCACGUACAACAUCAGGAUGAGGACAACCAGGAAAAAGCUGGACAGUGACAAGUACCUGUAUGACAUUUUCGUGUGCUACUCUCAGAGUGAUCGCCAGUGGGUGUUCGAGCAUCUUUUGCUCAAGCUCGAGGACGUGGGAAAUAGUUACAGAGUGUGUGUACACGAGCGGGACUUCACAGUGGGUCAGGAAAUCACCGAGAACAUCAUCAACAGUGUGGAACUAUCACGCAAGGUGAUGGUAGUGUUGACUCCAGCCUUUGCGGAAAGCAGCUGGUGUAUGUUCGAGCUGCAAAUGGUCAGCAAUAGAAUACUUGACGAGAGAAAGCAUAAACUGGUGUUGGUGCUGCUGGAGCCCAUCCCAGAGGAUAAGCAGUCAAAAAAGCUGCGUCUGCUGCUCAAAACCCGCACCUAUCUAGCUUGGGUUCCCGAAGGCGAAGGGCAGCAGUUCUUUUGGACAAGACUGCUGAGAACCGUUGCUAAGCCCCCGCCUAGCAUCGCACCUGUCCACACUACACACAUGUAACAAACUCAGGUCAUCACCAUUCUUAGUCUCUCUCAUCUGAAACUCCCUCAAAUAAAUUUCAACUCGCUACCCGUAUCAGGCAAAAGCUUCUUGUAAAUGUCUCCACUAUCCGCUUUCAGUAUUUCUGCUAUAUAGCAGGUACGAUUCUUGCACUCAUUUGUAGUUCAAAGCAUCUACAUAUAACCUUUCUCAUCCUCAGUUAUAUACAAUUUUCAUCACUCACACUCAGUUCCUAUGACUCUCGAGUAGUUCCAGUCAUGUGUACACAGUAUCCAUCCCACUCAACCAAUCCCCAUCAGUCUCAAAGUCCCUGCCAUCCUUACACAGUCGCCAUCCCUCUGAAACAGUCCCUAUCAUUCUCACCCAUUCACCAUCAGUCUCGCACAACCCUCAUCAUCACACACUGUCCCCAUCAUUCAAACACAGUCCCCAUCUCUUACACAAAAAAAUCAAAGUAAUCAGUUGAUAUACCUGAUAUGCCUAACUGUUGGGGUUUGACAGUGUCAGCGUGCCUCGUUGUGCUCCCGGUUUUCUGGUGUUUUCACGGUCGCUCUUACGUGCUAGAACUUUAAUUUGUGUCAUCAAUCCUAUACGAUACAUCCCUCUAGCGCCUGGAACCAAUCUUGGGCGGAAAACAUUAUAUUCUGAGUAAAAAAGGGAGAAUUGUGUGCACUACCUAACAGAGUUUACUGCCAGAGGGGAAUCAUAGGCCUGUCCCGUGUGGAAAAAAUAAUAAUAAUUGAACUUUGUGUCAGAGGAAAGAAAGUCUCCCUGAAAGCAUUGAGUAUACAUAGUGUAUAGUGUAUACUACAGUGGCUCCCUAGUAUAUUGAUGAUAAAGGCUAAAGUGUCAUUUGAAAACAGGUGAAUUUGUAAAUGAAGUGAUAAGCCUAUAGAGGCAGGUGCCAGAAGUCGCCAGAAACUUACCACAGGUCAGCUGUUUUUAAUAAUCUUCCUGGCCUGCUAGUGUACUCGCAUAUAAUCUAGUGAUACCAGUGAAUAGCAGAAUACAGUGUUGUAGUAGCAACUAACCAGUAUUAUAAUGGUACUUAGUGGAGUGGAGUGACUUUCAUUAGUUUCUUUUUCUUGAAAUACCAGACGUUACUGUGAAUUUCAUAUAACCUGUAGUUACCAGCGGUCGCAAUAUACACAACGAGAAGCAAUUUUACUACAGAAAAAGCGCCCUUCCUCCAAAAUUUGCACCAGUCAACUAUAGUGAUAAUAUAGCAUUUAUUGUGGUGGAGACGAAAAAAAAAAAAAAAUAGAGAAGCUAGAUACAGCGAUUGAUAAACAAGGGUGGAGGCUCGACCGUUCGUCAUUGUAGGAGUGCCAGCAGUCACCGGCUCUUCAACACGCAAGUUAUACUUUUGUAUCAAUCAAAUCACAUAUUACUCGGGUAGAUAAUU